ACUCGCACAUCAUGACCUCGCUUCCUUGGGCGGACUUCCACUAAACGUAACCCUUCCUCUUUCAUCAGCUGGAAUUUUACUGGGAAAAGUUGUCGACAGUCUCAGACCUUAACCCUACACACUUCGAGGUUUAUACCGGUGGCACCGGAUGAAAAGUUCCGGUGUUUUGUACUUGAACAUUACAAGAUCCAUAAAUUUGAAAACAUUAGCUUAAAACCCGCGAAAUCUAGUGACCCAGUAAACCACCUGGCCAUCCUCAUGAACGAGUCGUUGCUAUAGAGUUCAGCGAUGGCGUGGGUUUGCCGAUGACCCUUUUAUUAUUAAAACCGCGACCUCUUAGGGCUCGAGCCUCCACAAUAAUCAUGGCCCAUUUUCAUGAUUACACUAAAGGAGGAGGAUUUCACCCAUUUAGUGAUAAAGAGGUAAUAGUAAAGAAUCAAGAAGCUUGGUUUGUUAAAGUUAUAGCUACUUUUGUUCGUUCACAUUGUUCUGAUGCUACUUCUUUAGGAUAUUUAUCUGAGAAGUUGAAUGAUCCCUUAGUUGCAUUUGAGGUAAUUAAGAGGUUAAAUAACAACCCACAAGUGGGUUUGAAGUUCAUGGAAUUUUGUAGAUUGAAUUUCAGUCUUAUUCAUUGUUUUUCAACUUACGAAUUACUUAUUAGGUCUUUAUGUCAAAUGGGUCUUCAUGAUUUGGUUGAAAUGGUGAUUGGUUAUAUGAGGAGUGAUGGGCAUUUGAUUGAUAGUAGAGUUCUAGGAUUUUUGGUAACUUCAUUUGCACAAGCGGGGAAGUUUGAUCUUGCUAAGAAAUUGAUUAUUGAAGUUCAAGGUGAGGAGGCUAGGAUUAGUUCUUUUGUGUAUAAUUAUUUGUUGAAUGAGUUGGUCAAAGGGGGUAAGGUACAUGAAGCUAUCUUCUUGUUUAAAGAGAAUUUGGCAUUCCAUUCUCGUCCGAAUACUUGGACCUUCAAUAUUCUUAUCCGAGGUCUUUGCAGAGUAGGGGAAGUUGAGAAGGGUUUUGAACUAUUUAAUGCUAUGCAAAGUUUUGGUUGUUUGCCUGAUGUUGUUACAUAUAACACUCUUAUAAGUGGAUUGUGUAAGGCUAACGAGUUAGAUAGAGCAUGUGACUUAUUGAAGGAAGUUCAGUCUAGAAAUGAUUGUUCACCAGAUGUUAUGACCUAUACAUCUAUUAUAUCUGGGUUUAGUAAGUUGGGUAAGCUGGAGGCCGCCUCUGUCCUUUUUGAGGAGAUGAUUAGGUCUGGGAUUGAGCCCACUGUAGUCACUUUUAAUGUUCUUAUUGAUGGCUUUGGCAAGAUUGGCAACAUGGUUGCAGCAGAAGCAAUGCACGAAAAGAUGGCCUCUUAUAGUUGCAUACCUGAUGUAGUAACCUUCACAUCCUUGAUUGAUGGUUAUUGUAGAACAGGAGAUAUUCGUCUGGGUUUAAAGGUUUGGGAUGUGAUGAAAGCAAGAAAUGUAUCUCCAAAUAUUUAUACUUACUCAGUUAUUAUUAAUGCUCUCUGCAAGGAUAAUAGAAUUCAUGAAGCUCGUGAUCUUUUGAGGCAAUUGAAGUGCAGUGAUGUCUUUCCGAAACUUAUAUAUAACCCUGUAAUAGAUGGGUUUUGCAAGGCUGGGAAUGUGGAUGAGGCAAAUGUGAUUGUGGCGGAAAUGGAGGAAAAGAGAUGCAGGCCUGAUAAAGUGACAUUCACUAUCCUUAUUAUUGGGCAUUGUAUGAAAGGCAGAAUGGUUGAAGCACUUGAUAUUUUCAAGAAGAUGCUGGCAAUUGGUUGUGCCCCAGAUAACAUUACUAUUAGUUCAUUGGUAGCUUGCCUUCUCAAGGCUGGAAAGCCUAGUGAAGCAUUUCACAUUGUGCAAACGGCAUCAGAGGACCUCAACUUGAGUUUUCAUCUCUUAGAAAAACGUUUCCUAUGAGUGAAGACAGACAUUUCAGUAGCUGCUUGAGAGAGGGUCAGACGGGUUGUCACACUAUCAGAUUAGGCUUGUUGGACCAUUCAAUUAAGCAAGGUCCUGCUAUCACAUACACCUCCAAAUUAGAGCACAAAUACCAGACAGUUUCAACGCUGCAAGAAGUGCUGAGGUUUCAGGGAUUGCUACUUUAACCAUGUAUCCUAACCUGUUCGAGUUCCAACUGCAGGGCAGCAAAGAGACUGAUGGGAAAGGAGUUUCACAAGAGUGUUCCAAAUUGAAUGUUGAGUGGAAGGAGAAGCCUUGGUUAUGGUACUAUUGGGCAGUUGGGGAUGAUUAGGAGUUGACAUGCAUCUCUGCUUGGCGUUCACAUUGACACAUUUCUGUCUAAAUUGUAAUAAAUUUGUGGUUCUCACUGCUGCUCAUUUUUCGUUAUCUCCAUCGAGUAGAGUUACUUUGAUGAGAUUCUUUUGCUUGUGAACUUCGAGUCUGUCGCAAAUAGCCCAGGAGAUGGUGGUGUCUGCUCCAUCCCUUCCCUUUAUUUGCAGUAUUAGAAUAUCGACAUGUAUAAUAAGAUACAGUAGAUAAUUCAUGAUCUUAUAACAAAAUCAUUAUUGAUGCUAUAAAUUUUGAAGUUCUCACAA